AUGUAUUAUCUGUCUGUUGUUAGCAGUUGUGCAAAAUUACAACAAAAGUUAAAAAGUCUUAAAAAGCAUAUUGAUUCUAUAACAAGACAAAUUACAGAAUUGAACAAUGAACGACAAGAGCUUCAAGCAGAAUAUGAUAAGUUGAAAUCCCAACUGCAAACAGUUCGUAUUCAAGAGAUUUCAAGAGAUUGUCAAAGUGCAUCGUCUGAGUAUGCUUCAACAAAAGCUACACCCAAGAUAUUCCCUUGGACAGAUGAAGUGAAUCGUGUGAAGAAAGAAAUUUUUGGCAUUUCUGAAUUUCGUCCUUUACAAAUUACAGCUAUUAAUGCUUUAUUAGAUGGUCGUGAUGUUAUCUUAGUCAUGCCUACAGGUGCUGGAAAAAGUUUAGUCUACCAAUUACCGGCACUACUUAAUCUCGAUGCAUUUAAAGUAGACGGACGAUGUUUUGGUUCAGUUACACUGGUGAUUAGUCCAUUAGUCUCUUUAAUGGUAGAUCAAUCGAUCAAUUUAACAAAAUAUGGUCUUGAGCCAGAUACAAUCGCUGUUUUGGAUGCAAGUACACCAUUACCAGAACAACGUAGAAUUCUUUCAUUGCUUGCAGAGAAACCGUUGAAAUCCCAACUGCAAACAGUUCGUAUUCAAGAGAUUUCAAGAGAUUGUCAAAGUGCAUCGUCUGAGUAUGCUUCAACAAAAGCUACACCCAAGAUAUUCCCUUGGACAGAUGAAGUGAAUCGUGUGAAGAAAGAAAUUUUUGGCAUUUCUGAAUUUCGUCCUUUACAAAUUACAGCUAUUAAUGCUUUAUUAGAUGGUCGUGAUGUUAUCUUAGUCAUGCCUACAGGUGCUGGAAAAAGUUUAGUCUACCAAUUACCGGCACUACUUAAUCUCGAUGCAUUUAAAGUAGACGGACGAUGUUUUGGUUCAGUUACACUGGUGAUUAGUCCAUUAGUCUCUUUAAUGGUAGAUCAAUCGAUCAAUUUAACAAAAUAUGGUCUUGAGCCAGAUACAAUCGCUGUUUUGGAUGCAAGUACACCAUUACCAGAACAACGUAGAAUUCUUUCAUUGCUUGCAGAGAAACCGGUCAGUUGGUUUUUUAAAAUUAUUAUUAUACCAAUAAAAAAGAGAUCUCGUCUACGUCUACUCUAUGUAACACCAGAGAAAUUGGCUAAAAGUAAAUUGUUGUUGAAUCGUUUAGAGUUGGCUUAUACCACUCAUCGACUGGCGUGUAUUGCUAUCGAUGAAGUUCAUUGUGCUAGUCAAUGGGGUCAUGAUUUUCGACCAGAUUAUAAAUUUCUACAUGUUCUGCGUCGACAAUUUCCCAGUGUACCAAUUAUCGGGUUGACAGCGACAGCAUCAGCUCAAGUUAUUGUAGAUGUGCAGAAUAUGCUGGGUAUUAAUAUUGAUAAGUGCUUAGUCCUCAGAACUAGUUAUAAUCGAGAAAAUCUGAAUUAUUACUUGGAAAAGAUCAAUGCUCUUGAAAAACAGUUUUCUGAUCAUCUGUCAAAUUGUACACCUUCUUCACGGUGUACACAGCGGUCUAUAGGUUGUCAGGUACCUCCGAAAUCAAAACCUUCGGGUUUUCUGUUGUCAAGUCCAAAGCAUUCAGUCACUAUAUCGUCUGACAUGAGUGAUGUCUGUUCUUCCUCUUCAAGCAGUAGUGGCGCAAUACAAUGUCUCCAAAGAGCAUCCACUUCAGUGGACGAGGAUACAUCAAAAAUGUCUAAGAAACUUGAGAUUCAAAAAUGUCAGGCUGCCAACUCACCUUCCUCUCAAAGGUAA